AUGCUGAAAUUCAGGCCAGCUCCCAUUUAUAUAUUGGAUGAGGUUGACGCAGCUUUGGAUUUGUCUCAUACACAGAACAUUGGGCACAUGAUCAAGAAGCAUUUCACCACUAGCCAGUUCAUCAUCGUCUCGCUGAAAGAAGGAAUGUUCAAUCAUGCGAAUGUUCUCUACAAAACGAAAUUCUGCGAUGGAACUUCACAAGUAAUGCGGACCACCAACAAAUCUUCCUGA